AUGGAAUUCACCGUAUCUCCGGAGUCGAAUCCGGCUCCAGAAGCCUCUCUCAGUCGCCCCGACCAUGUAAAUGUGUUCGAUGAAGAUGGUGUGAGCCGCUCUCCGUCUACUGCCCACAUUGCGGGUGAAGAAACUUUGACCGAGCUGACUGGCGACGACAUCUUCCGCAUGAAGGAGCUGCGCAACUCCGAUUCUAUGUCAGAAUCCGAAGCCGCGGAGAUGUCCCAAUCAGCCGCUGAUACCAAUACCGACAACUUUGAGAGUAAAGAUUUGGAGGGAGAACCAGCCGAAAAAAAUCCACGAUUUGAUCCGACUGCCGCUCGAGAUCGGUCCUCCGAACUGAAUGAAGAGGACAUCUUUAGAAUGAAGAGUUUGUCGUUGAGUAGACAUCAUGCAUUGAGCGAACAAGCGAAUCAAUCAGCUGUUUCUUUGGUGGACUCGGCCAGUAACAUGGCUGAUCUUCCAGAUAAUGAAGAAGAGUAUGAUGGCAAGAGUGAGGAACCUCCAGACAGUCCUCCGACUAUGGUGAGUUAUUUUCUAUUGUAUUUUCUUCUGUGUUUAGGGAUUGAGGUUAUAAUGGAGAUUGUACUUGGCGAACUGAUAGUCAUGAAGGAAAUUUGUAGCCGGAUUGUUUUUUUGAACGAGGGUUCAAUUUGUUUUGAUAAUAUUUUCGUCUUGUUUUCAGCUGACAUUCAGCGGCCAAUACGUGUUCAACAGACGUCGCCCAGAGAAGCCGGAACUCAAUUCUGAUACCUGUAGGUUUUCAUUGGUCCUUUAGAUAGUGCAUUAUGUAUUAGAGAUCGUUGAGCCAGGUUUUUGAGAUGUUUUUAUAUUAUUCAUUUUCCAUUUUUUAGGUAUUGAACUCACGCCUCCCUUUGAACCUCUCGGGCAACCUCCAAAUGGUGUGAGCCGUGAAGAAUAUCUCCAACUCUACAAUAAGACACGUCUAUAUGUGAUUGGGACUGCCCAUUUUUCACCGGAAAGCCAGAAUGAUGUUGUCAAAGCCAUCACCGAAGUUCAACCCGAUGUUGUGAUGGUCGAGCUGUGCGCACAACGAGUUAGCAUCUUGUCGUUGGACGAGGAAACACUUCUGAGAGAGGCCAAGACCCUGAACCGACAGAAAAUCAUGAAUUUGAUUCGAGAUGUAAGUGGAGGUCGAGUGUAAUAUAUUUUUUAUCAAAAAGUUGGACUAAAUUGCUUUAUGUUGCAGAAUGGAAUUGUCCAAGGUCUCUUGCAAGUUCUGUUGCUGUCCACUUCGGCUCACAUCACGGAACAACUUGGGAUGGCGCCAGGCGGAGAGUUCCGAGCUGCUCACAAGGCCUCGUUCCGAAUCCCCGGAUGCAAAUUAAUCCUCGGAGAUCGGCCUAUUCAAGUCACUCUGCAACGAGCGUUGUCAUCCUUGGGAUUCUUCCAAAGAAUUCGACUGCUUUAUCACGUGAUCUCCUCGAACAGGAGCUCUGUUACGUAAGUUAAUUUUAUUGUUUUCUGCUUGUCGACUUUAGGUAUAAAAGUUUCAAUUAUUGGCGUCAGAAUGGAGAAUAAAUAAUAUGAAAGAAAUUUCAGACAAGAAGACGUUGAAAGAUGCAAGGAUAAGGACCUCCUGGAAAGUUUGCUCAAAGAAAUGGCCGGUGAAUUCCCUCAAUUAUCGAAAAUCUUUGUCGAAGAGCGAGACAAAUACAUGGCCUAUGUUUUGCAGACCAUUAUGCAGUCCAGCACGGCUGGAAAGAUUACGGCAUGGAAGAAUUGCAAGAAUAGGAGUGAGUUUUGGCAAUCUUUAUGUUGUUUUAGGUAGCAUAUGACUGAAUUUUGAAAAUUUUGAUGAAAAAUGUUUUUCAGCUGAUUACCAACCUCUAAACAUGGUCGCAGUGGUCGGAAUUGGGCAUAUCAAGGGCAUUCAAGAAGCCUGGAACACCCAUGUCAAUAAUCUGGAGCUCCUUGAGUAGGUUUUGACUAUCUUUUAUAUUUUAGUAGGGAAAAAUUUUAGACCUGCCUUGUUGUUAUUAUUUUGAUGUGAAUUGCAGAAUACCACCACCCUCAUUCUCCUCGCGAGCCGUUGGAUUCGUCUUCAAGGUUGCAGUGAUAUCGUCAUUAGGCUACUUGUCUUACAAAGCAGGUCGAGGAAUCUACUACAAAGUGGUUCCGGCAGUAACGCAUCUUAUCCGCUGA